AGCCCAACAUGAAGUACUCCACCUUGCUAAUUCUGGGUCUCAUCUUGGCCCUGGCCUUCACCAGCCAGGCCAAGUCCAAGUCCAAGAAGCAGAAGAAUAAGCAAAAGCAGCUGGCCCAGCAGGAGUCGAUCCUGCCAAUGUCCGAGCCCUGCAAACCGAGCAAGUGCAAACUGCCCGAUUGUCGCUGCUCCGAUGCCGUUUUACCCACAUCCAAGUUCCAGGGCAAAGAACGCGAGAUUCCGCAGUUCGUUACCAUCACUUUCGAUGAUGCUGUAAAUGCUGUCAACUUCGCGCAGUAUGAGCUGCUCUUUGAGGGAUUGGUCAAUCCAGAUGGAUGUGGAGCCGCUGGAACCUUCUUUCUGUCCCACGAGUACACGGAUUACGCGAGGGUGAAUGCACUCUACAGGGCAGGUCACGAGAUUGCCCUGCAUUCGGUGACCCAUGGAGAUGGCACCGAUUACUGGCGUUCGGCAGAUGUGGCCACCAUAGAGCGAGAGUUCGGCGCGCAGCUCAAAAUGUUGGAGACCUUUGCCAAAGUGGAUGCCAAGAAGAUUCAGGGAAUGCGCCUGCCUUUCCUCCAAAUUUCCGGCAAUAACACCUUUGAAGCAGCCCGUCGCUUGGGCUUGACCUACGACAGCUCCUGGCCAACGCAGAAGUUCAAGGAUCCGGCCAUGUGGCCCUACACCCUGGACUACAGGUCGCAGCAGGACUGCCAGAUAGGACCCUGUCCGGAGGCGUCCAUUCCCGGAUUCUGGGUCAAUCCCAUGGUCACGUGGACCGAUACUGAGGGCUACAGUUGCUCCAUGAUCGAUGCUUGCGUUUACCCGCCGGAGGACGACGUGGACGAGCUGUUCGACUGGAUGAUGGAGAACUUCAAUAGGCACUAUCUGGGCAAUAGAGCUCCCUUCGGGAUGUAUCUGCAUGCUGCUUGGUUUUCGCGUGGUCGCAAUUACUUUGCUGCCUUUAAAAAAUUCAUUAACCACCUGAACACAUAUUCGGAUGUGUAUUUCACGGGAAUUUCGCGAAUGUUGGAGUACGUGAGGCAGCCCACGCUGGGAACUCCGUUCAAGGACUGUCCCGAUUUGCCGGAGGCGGAGUGUCGAGCGGUCCAGUGCCAUGUCCAGAAGAUGUCCACCGGCGAGGAGCGCUACAUGACCGUCUGCGACAAGUGCCCCUCCGUCUAUCCCUGGCUGGACAAUCCUCUGGGUCAGCAGCUCUAAGCCCGCCAGCAAUUCGCCGAUAAAGCGUGUACACUGAAGAUAAUAAAGUGAAGUUUUUGAAUAGAAAAA